UUCAACACAACUGUUUGUUGUUUUUAUUUCGUCCACUUCUUGUAAUCACAACAACAACAACAUACAACUCUUCAUUUAAAGUAGUAGUAGUAGUAGUAAUAGUAAACUCUCUCUCAAUCUUUGGAAAAAAAAUAUAUAUUUCAACAAUUAUUUUGUUGUUGUUGUUGUAUAUGUAUUGAGAGAGAAGAUUCCAUGAGUGAGAGAGAGAGAGAGAGAUUCCCAUAAUUAAGACAUAUAUUCAGUAAAUGAUUGAAAAAGCCAUAAGAAUACAACAAACAAUGACAACAAGCAAACCAAUCGACUCGCAGCCAACCAUCUCCGGUAUUACAGCCACAGACAACAACAACAUUAGGACAGGUGCUGGUGGUGGUGGUGUCGGCGGUGAUAAUACCGAUAGUGGUAGUGCCAUCAUUAACGGUACAGCAACUGUGAUGAGUGAUAUACAAGCGCACUGUGAUGUCGGAGGAAUCGGCAAUGGCCUAAAUGGCAGUGAUGUUCAUAAUAGAAAUAAUCGUUUGACUUGCGGUGGUAAUGAUAAUAAUAAUCAUCAUCAUCAUCAACAACAACAUUAUAAGACCCCCACCAGUGACAACCAUUUAGUCAACAAUAACAACAACAGUGGUGGUGGUAGUGGUGGUGCCAACAAUACUGCCACAGCCGACGAAUUAUUGUUGACAACAAUGGUCAGCGACGAUAAAGAAUAUUCUUGCGGCUUAUGUUCGUUUAGACCAAAAUGGAUGCAAAAGUUUGCAAACAAACAGACAUUUUUGGCCAUUUUUUGCCUGACAAGUGUCUUACAAGGUAUGUAUUAUACCUACUUUGUCAGCGUACUGACCACAAUCGAAAAGUUAUAUCAAAUCCAAUCAAAGACAACCGGUAUGAUAAUGUCCGCAACCGAAUUUGGCCAAAUUGGUGGCGCACUGUUGCUAACCUACUAUGGCGGACACGGCCAUCGGCCCAAAUGGAUUGCCUGCGGAAUGUUGAUCUUUGCAUUGGCAUCCAUACUAUGUUCGACUCCUCACUAUCUGUUCGGCAGUCAAAUCGGCGGCACCGGUAGCUCAUCGUUACUCAACAUUGAUCCAUCAUCGCUAGCCGCCAGCGGUGAGACCAUAAACAGUUUAAAACUUCGCGAAUACAAUGCGAAACUGUGUCCACUACUAUCAUCGUCAUCAUCAUCACCAUCAUCGUCAUCAUCAUCAUUAGCUCAUUGGUUAUCAUCAAGUGUGCCAUCAUCAUCAUCGUCGUCACUCACCCACUCAUCAAUUGAAUCUACUUCUACGUCAACAACAAACAAUCAUAAAUUAUCAGCUAAUUUGGGAUCAAAGUUUAGUGAUCCAAAGUGUGACCAUAAAGAAACACAAAUCAAUAAGUCUCGGCUAACCGAUACCGUGUUGAGCAUAUUUUUCCUAAGUCUACUAUUAAUAGGUAUCGGUGCCACAGCUGUCAACACUUUAGGCAUUCCCUAUAUUGACGACAAUGUGGCCCCAAAGGAAUCGCCCCUCUAUUUCGGUAUUACAAUAGGAGUCCGUAUCUUUGGUCCGGUUUGUGGAUUUUUAUUGGGAUCUAUCUGUACCAGUGUUUCUGUGGAAUUCCCGUUCGCAUCAUCAACUUUGACACCUAACGAUCCACAAUGGAUAGGCGCAUGGUGGUUAGGCGUAUUUAUUAUUGGCAUAUCGCUGGCACUUACCUCAUUGCCGAUGAUGGUGUUUCCCAGACGACUACCUCAACCCGAUCCCAGCUCCUACUGUCACAUACAGCAACAGAACAGCCUAUUAGAACACCAGAAGCUACUGAUGGCCACAACAAAUGGCAACAAAUCGUUAACUACAACCGGCGGCGACUCAACAAACGUAACAAUUGAUAAACAAUUGUCGGACCAAAUGGACAAUGAGUUGGCAGUGAUGCUGAUGAUGAAGCAGAACAAGAAAAACCAAAAACCUAGUCUUAAGGACUUUCCGAAAGCCAUGAAACGGUUACUGAAAAAUAAGAUACUAUUGUGUCGGACGGCUUCAAGCGUUUUGCAUAUACUGCCGAUCGCCGGUUUGUAUACGUUUCUACCGAAAUAUCUGGAAAGUCAGUUUCAGUUGACAGCUACCAAAGCCAAUAUGAUAGCCGGUAUGGCCGGUAUUUUUGUUAUGGGAAUCGGCAUAUUUGCUAGCGGUUCCUUUAUGAGAAAGUAUAAGCCAAAUGCCCGAUUUGUUGCCCGAUGGAUAGCAUUGGCAGCAUUACUAUACGCUAUCGGUAUGGUUAUACUAAUGUUUUUAGGCUGUCCACUAAACAACUUUGUCGGUCUAAAUGUUAACAGUGAACAAUAUGAAAAUACAUCGAUGGCCGGCAGCUGUUCCCUGGAGUGUUCGUGUCCAACUGGCCAAUACUCGCCAAUAUGUACGAGCACCGGUAUUACAUACAUAUCUCCCUGUUUGGCCGGCUGUCAAUCGGUUAACUUAUCCAUAAACGAUGAGUUUGUAUAUUCAAACUGUCGAUGCCUUGAGCCAAACGUGACGGCCAAGAAUGGCUCGUGUCCUCUGGAGUGCAAUAACCUCGUCUGGUAUAUCAUUAUAUUUUCGUUGUUUGUCUUAAUACACUCGACAUCCGAAGUGGGAUCAAUGUUGCUUACGCUCAGAUGUGUCGACCCUCAGGAUAAAGCCAUGGCAUUGGGUCUCAUAUCGUUUGCCAUCGGGCUCUUUGGUAACGUUCCCUGUCCGAUCAUAUACGGUGCCGUAGUGGACAGUGCCUGUUUGUUCUGGGAGGGCGAUUGCGGCAAACGUGGCGCCUGUCGUAUCUACGAUCCGGUAAAGUUUCGCCGGGUAUUUCACGGGGUCACUGCACUGAUUAUGUUUGCCGCCUUCAUUGUCGACGCCAUUGUCUGGUAUAAGGCACCGGAAAUUCAAUUUAACGACGACAUCAAACCAUCGAUGGUCGCCACCGAUAACGACGACGACGACAAUGAUGACAAAGACAAAGAUGAAGACAAAACCGGUGCCAAUGAGCCCAACGCUAACCAAUUGGAAACUAUACUUUGAUUUUUGUAUAUUUUGACGCUUAUUAUUAUUAUUAUAAUUAAAAUAAUCUGA